AUGCAGCUGCCAUGCGAUCAAGGUGACAAGGAUCUGUUCAAUGCCUCAACAAUGGUGACGCUGGGAGAUGGGAAGACGGCCAGCUUCUGGGACUGCUCCUGGACUGGCGCAAGAACUCUGAAAAUGGAGUUCCCAGAGCUCCACAAGCACUCAAGAAGAAAGAACAGGACCGUCCAUGCUGCACUACUGAAUGACACUUGGAUUGCCGAUCUGGCUCACGGAAACACGCAACAACUAUGGCCUGAGGUGAUCCGCCUGAACAGAUGGCUCAUCUCCAAGAACCUGAACCUAAACGACCAGCUGCAAGACACCAUUAGAUGGAAGCACACAGCCUCGAGAUCUUUCUCCACCAGCUCGGCCUACAGCUGCCAAUUCCAUGGCAGGUUUGGGCACCAGCCCGGCUGA